AUGUUUGUGAGCGUCUUCUACGGUCUCGCGGCGGUCUGCGGACUCCUCUACUUCUACACCCGUUCAGCCACAGAAUCCCACGAUGAUCCGCAGUUCAAAGGAUUCCAGAGGACCUACCUCAUCGUGUACCUCAUGGCCGUCGGUAAGUUCAUUUCAAAACUAUCCGAAACGGAUACUCGAACGUUAUCGCAAAUGGCGUACAUAUUUGCCAAGUGCUGAUGACAGAUUAAACUAAAACACAGUCUAGUAUCGGCGCGUUUUCAGCCGGAGAUUGGCUGCAAGGACCUCAUGUCUACGCCUUGUACGAAUCGUACGGCAUGUCGAAACACCAGAUUGAAAUCCUGUUCAUUGCCGGAUUCGGAUCCAGUCUUAUUUUCGGAACGUUCAUCGGAUCCAUCGCUGAUAAGUUGUAAGUUGAAAGAGUGCGUUCUAGUUUUCAAAUUCAAAACUCAAAAUGCAUUUUUCAAACGAACUGUUGAACUAUUGUUUCUCUUGCAGCGGUCGUCGCAACAACUGUCUGAUGUACGCGAUCCUCUACGGCGGAGCCUGCAUCACGAAGCACUUCGGCAGCAUGCCCGUCCUGAUGAUCGGACGUUUCCUCGGAGGCGUCGCCACGUCCAUCCUCUACUCGGCCUUCGAAUCGUGGCUAAUCUUCGAACACAACACAGUUAGUCUUCUUUUUUUCUGAAAGUAGCCCACAUAUGCGGACUUUUUUGUGUUUGUAAGAAUGGAAGUGGAGUUGUCUUCUCUGAAUAGAAAGGGAAACCGGAUAUUUUGGCGAUCCGAAUCUGACGGCUAUCUCUCGAAUCCAUCUCAUUUUCUCAUUUCGGAACAUAAUAAAACAAAAAAUAUGCGGUCGUUCAUCCCUAAACAGCUGGAAAUGCAUUGCAGCGUGGCUUCUCCGAGUCUCAAAUCGGAACCGUCUUCUCGAAUGCGGCUCUCGGCAACUCGCUCAUCGCCAUUAUUUCUGGAGUCGCCGCUCAGUUCGUGGCUGUGAAAUUCGGAUUUGUGUAGGAGACUAAGUGUUAGGCAAACAGCGGACAAACAGCGAUAAUUGCAGUGCUCCGUUCGAUUUGGCUCUCUCAGUCCUGCUCAUCAUGGCUGUUAUCAUCAUGAACACGUGGCCGGAGAACUACGGAAAUGAGAAGGCGCCAGUCAAGGAAUCGUUCGAGAAGGCCGUCAAGUCCAUCAAGGAAGACCCGACCAUUCUAUGCCUUGGACUAGUGCAAUCUCUCUUCGAAGGAUCCAUGUAUACAUUUGUUCUCGAAUGGACUCCAGCUCUUUCCCGUGCUUCUGGAGUUGUCUCCAUCCCGCAUGGAUACAUCUUCGCCGCCUUCAUGGUCUCCACAAUGAUCGGAUCCUCCGUCUUCAAACUUCUCCAGACGUACGAACGUCCUGAGAGCUUUAUGAGAUACGUGCUUCUGCUCGCCGCCGUCUGUCUCUCUAUGCCGAUCGUCGCUCCCGAUAACAUUACUCUCGUGUUCGGAGGAUUCCUAAUUUUCGAGUUGUGCUGCGGCAUCUUCUGGCCAUCAAUGGGAUGCCUCCGCAGCACCUACGUUUCCGAGGAGACCCGCUCGACCACCUUGAACCUCUUCAGAAUCCCUCUGAACUUCAUCGUCGUCUUCAUUCUCUGGCAGAACUUCUCCAUGAUCGCCAUCUUCAAAUUCUGCGUCUUCUUCCUGUUCGCUGCUUCGAUUGCUCAGCAUGCCCUCUUCAUGUAAUUUGGCCUUUCCUGAACUCAUCAAAAUUUUUUAUUUCAGAAGAACUGAGCAGUCUCCACGUCAUCAAAAGCUUCCGAUCACCAUCGAAGAUGACGAGAAUCUGUAA